AAAAUUACUUGGCCCAAUUCCUUGACCCUCUGCUCAAGCAAGGCUCUCUCUUUUUCACAAUGUUUCGCUGAAAGACCCAAAACCCUUCUUUGUCUCUCUCUUCUUCUCGGCGCUAUAAACCCUAAACCCCUUUCUCUCUCUCCAGAAGACUCCAUCGAAGAUGAAUUUCAAGAAUGUGAAAGUACCCAAUUUGCCGGGUGGUGGUGCCAUUGGAACUCUGAUUAAGCUUGGAGUUAUUGGUGGGCUUGGUUUGUAUGGAGCUGCCAACAGUCUUUACAACGUUGAUGGUGGACAUAGAGCAAUCAUGUUCAACCGUAUAGUUGGUGUCAAAGACAAGGUUUAUCCUGAGGGGACACACUUUAUGAUUCCAUGGUUUGAAAGGCCCGUCAUUUAUGAUGUUCGUGCACGACCCCAUCUGGUAGAGAGUACUUCAGGGAGCCGUGAUCUCCAAAUGGUCAAGAUUGGGCUUCGAGUUCUUACUCGUCCUGUGGCAGACCAGCUACCUGAAAUUUAUAGAACCCUUGGUGAGAAUUAUAAUGAAAGAGUUUUGCCUUCUAUCAUUCAUGAAACACUGAAAGCUGUGGUUGCACAAUACAAUGCCAGUCAGCUCAUCACUCAGAGAGAGGCUGUUAGUAGAGAAAUAAGGAAGAUUUUGACAGAAAGAGCGGUCAAUUUUAACAUUGCACUCGAUGACGUGUCCAUUACAAGCUUGACAUUUGGGAAAGAAUUUACCGCUGCCAUCGAAGCCAAACAAGUGGCCGCACAAGAAGCUGAAAGAGCUAAAUUUAUUGUGGAAAAAGCUGAACAAGACAAGAAAAGUGCUGUUAUCAGAGCUGAGGGAGAGGCCACCAGUGCUCAGCUCAUUGGUCAAGCUAUUGCCAACAAUCCUGCAUUUAUCACUCUAAGGAAGAUUGAAGCCGCAAGAGAAAUUGCACAUACCAUCUCAAAUUCAGCCAACAAGGUUUUCCUUGAUUCCGGUGAUUUGCUGUUGAACCUUCAGAAGAUGGAGUUAGAGACCACUGGGAAGAAAUAGGUUCAUGUAGUUAAACUUAUUGUCAACAUGCCUACACCACCUCGUAAAGUUUUGUUUCUCACAGCUAUCCAUUUGGGAUGUCUCAUGAACUAAUUAGUGAAACAAAUGCAUAAUUAUCUUUUGAGACAAACAAGGGAUUAUAUUUGGCUUCAAAAAACUUAUGUUGAUGGAGUUGUGCAGCUCCAAGGGGAACCUCCUCAAUGGAACCAUUUUUUAGACAAA